AUGUCUUCAGGGACCGAAAUUAUUCGCCGGAAUCGUCCGGGUACAAAGAGAGAAGAGUGGUGUCAAUGGCCAGAUGAGGUCUUUGAUGAAGUCGACACGGUUCUUGCUGUCCAACAGAUUAUUCAACAAAUGAUCCGAAAAGACUUUAAAAAUGUUGAUGCUAUUUUAACUGAGCCACAGGGUCAAGAUCUUGGCGUAUGGAAGUACGAACAUCUGCGUCAAUUCUGCAUGGAGUUAAACGGUUUAGCCGUCCUCCUUCAAGACCACUGCACUCCUGAGACCUGUGCUCAAAUGACAGCGACAGAACAGUGGAUUUUUCUAUGUGCUGCUCACAAGACUCCAAAAGAGGCAUGUCCAGCCAUCAAUUACACCCGUCACACCUUGGACGGCGCAGCUUGCUUGCUGAACAGUAGUAAAUAUUUCCCCAGUCGAGUCACAAUAAGGGAUUCGUCAUUAGCCAAAUUGAGUUCCGUUUGUCGUCGUGUGUAUCGAAUCUUCUCACAUGCCUACUAUCAUCAUCGCAGCCUUUUCGAUCAGUUUGAAGAGAAAACUGCCCUCUGUCAGCGCUUUACAGUAUUUGUGCUGAAGUACAAUCUGAUGAAUAAACAGAAUCUCCUCGUUCCCAUAGCCGGAGCCGACAUUGAGGAAGUCAGUUCAGCUGAUGGUGGCAGUGGGGGCGGUAGUGAGGCUUCCGAGGCCACCACAAUCUCUGAUACCGCCAAUGUCAACUCGUCUGGCAUGUCGACCGGUCUGUGUGCAGACCAGGCGAAUUUGUCUUCGGGAGUCGGCUAUCGAGUGACUCGUCAGUUUUCAAUGAUUGGGUGCCUUUUAAGCGCCGCAAUUAGGCCUAUCCAGGAUGAAAGAAGUACCCUUGGCUUCUUACUGAUAUAA